AUAUUCUUUUGGGUCAUGACCCAAUCUCUCACGCAUCUUUCUCUUCUCCUCUUUCCAUUCCACCCAAAAACCCAAACCUUUCAUUUCAUUUCCUCCAAAGAGAUGGCUAUGUCCGGCCUUCUCUCACCCACCACCCCUCUCACCGUCACCCUUCCUCACUCCAAACCCCUCCUCCGCCUCCACUCCCCCUUCCUCUUCUCUCUAAACCACCACCACUCCAUCCUCACUAAACGCACCAACAAAAUCAAACCCAGAAGACCACUCACCACAACCCAAUCCAAAGGCACCGACGACUCCGUCGACGCCCCCGACCGCCUCAUCUCCGCCGUCUGCUACUUCUACCCCUUCUUCGACGGCAUCCAGUACGGAAAAUACGUGAUUACCCAGUUCACCGCCGUCCAAACCCUUAUCCAGCCGUUGAUUCCAGCCAUAAGGGUCUUCAAGAGCUUCCCCUUCAAUGGGUUUUUGGUAUUUUUAACCCUUUACUUUGGGGUGGUUAGAAACUCAAAUUUUAGCAGAUAUGUGAGGUUCAAUACUAUGCAAGUGAUUGUGCUUGAUGUGCUGUUGAUUUUUCCGGAUUUGUUGGAGAGGAGCUUUAACCCGAAAGACGGGUUGGGAUUGGAUGUGCUGAUGAGCAUGGAUAGUACUGUGUUUCUCUUCCUUUUGGUGUGUUUGGUUUAUGGGUCUGCUUCUUGCGUUUUGGGUCAGGUGCCCAGAUUGCCCAUUGUAGCUGAAGCUGCUGAGAGGCAAGUGCCAUAGAGCUAUUUUUUUUUUUUUUUUUGGUAGCUACUUGAUUAUGUUUUAGCCAAAACAAGAAAGAAGUUCAUGUAGUAAUCAUUUGUUGUUGUAAUUGGCUUUAUAUUUAUAUGUGUUGAAUUAUAUUUUAAUGAGGGUGUUUACUUUUU